AUGCCUCGAUUUGACUGCAGUUAUUUUGGACGCAAAUGGGAGAAAUCUGAUAGUGCAUAUAUGGCAUAUGUGUCUUACUUACAUAUGGAAAAAACUUACAGACAACCUGCUCAAUCUGAAUCUGUAUCAAUCCCAACCGAAAACAUGACUGAAGAACCAAUAGCAAUACAGCGCAAUCCAAUUGCUAUAAUUGCAGACGAAAACUAUGCAGAUCUAAGCGACUCUGAUACUAUAGCUGGAGAGAUACUCGGAGAAGAAGAUUCUUAUGAUUCACCUGAGGGAGAAGAACCUGGCGUUUCUGAUAAUGAUGAUGCAUCAUCAGUAGCAUCAUCAAUAUAUCAACGAAGAAGUAUCAUUACCACACCGGGAGAUCUUACAUUACCUAUAUCUCCUAAUGUACAGUAUAGACCUAAUAAUAGUCAACAACGUUUAACAAAUCCGUCAACUACAAGAGCAGCAGAUGAGCAAAGAUUAGCAUGUACAUCGGAGCGUGAUCACCGUGAUUCCAAAAGAAACUUGGAUCACGUUUCAACUCUUCCUGAACAACAGCCGCUAAUGUCAUCGGCGCACAUGGAUAGUGAAGAAGAAGAUAGGCCACCAAAACUUCCUUUGAAAACUUACAAAACGACUGACAUAGAAUCACGCGAUAAUCACUUCAAUUCCAGUGAUGUCUAA